ACCAGUUCCAGGCUGAGUCUCAACAGGUCCUUGUAGCUGCUAGUCAACCGCUGCGUGUCGACAGGCCCGCCCAUCAUGUCCGGUUCAAAGUCCCUCGCGUCUCUCCCAGCGUCCAGGCAGGGCUCUGGGUGUGCGCCAUGCGAACCCCACGCCAGGCUCGUGCCGGGCCCCGGUCCGCAGAGCGUCGCGUCGUCUUCGUGGCCAAACACGCCCGAGCCGUCGUCCCCACCGGGCCGCCUACAUGUAGAUCCGGCCUCGGCGCGGGUGGGAGAAUGGUCCACCAUCAGCAGGCUGAGCUCAUUGGCGUCGAAGGCCAUGUCGGGGAGGCUGAAAUCCAUCGGAUCAAGUCCCUGUGCGUGGAGCGCUGCGUUAGCCAGGGCUGCUGGUGCUUCUCAGACCAAGCAGGAUGGGCUUCUCAGACAAGCAGGAUGGGGACCGGAGCGAGGGUUCAUACCAACGGAUUUGGAUCCAACAGCAUGUUUUCGCCGCCUGUGCUGUCGUUUCUCUCCACGCUUCUGGUUUUCCGCGGCGCUUCCCCCGGGCGCUGGAAAUGGCCAUCGUCGGGUUCCCGCUGGCUGGGAGGCGAGUACGACAGGUGCCCUGAAUUUGCUCGCUGUGCUGCAAAGGCGCUGUGCUGCCGAUCGCGUUGGUCUGGCGGCGAGUGCAGCCGCUCAGGUGACGGUAGAAAGGUCUGGUGCUCCUUUGCUCCGGCCUGGAUGCCAUUGUUGUUUUGCUGCUGCUGCUGCUGCUGCUGGGCCUGGUGCUGCUGCUGGUGCUGGGCCUGGACCUGGGCCGCGGCGUUGAGCCGCGGCGCCUGGGAAGCCGAUGAUGAUGCUGCCGACGACGACGACGUUGACGUUGACGCGGGAUCAAAGGUGGUGGUGCACGCCAGACGAGACUUGGCACAUCGUUCACACGGCUUUCCGAGCCGCUCGUCGCGCUGACAGCGGAGCUUGUAGGCGCGACAGCGGUCACAGGCGGAGCGUCGCGAGUAGCGGAAGUUGAGCGUCGACAUGGAGGUUGUGGGCACGGGCAUGGGGGCUGCGAGCAUGGCUGCGGUCGGAAUGGGUCAACACGUCGA